UGAGGUUCCUUAUUACAAGCAAGCAAAAAACAGGUAGACCUACUUUGGUUUGCCUCGAAUUAGGCAUAAAAGACACUCAGUAGACUCAACAGGCACAAGACCUGGAUACUUUAAGGAUCAUCAUGGUCAGAUCAUACACUCUGAUCACUAUUUUCUUGCACUUUCAUGUUUUUGGGAUUGACAGCAGAGAUGUUUUCCAUGGGCUUUCCAAGUAUUCCAUUGUAAAUCCUCAGAUGAUUCACAGAUGGUCUAAGAGCAUUAACAGUCCACGACAUUCAAAAGAGAAAUAUGGAGAUGAGACCUUGUCAUAUGCAGUCACUAUAGACAAUAAAAAGCACAUCCUUUCAGAAAAAGCACAUUCUGAACAGACUUCUUACACUCAAAUUUUGUUCAGUAUUUGCGUGAUGCCACCGGUAACUAUGACACAUCAUAUCCAGCAAAUCAAGUGCACUGCUAUUACCAUGGAGAAGUGGAAGGAUAUAAGAAUUCAUUUGGGGGGCUCAGCCCUGGCGGGUGUGAUCUUCUUUGGAAAUGAGACCUUUGGCCUGGAGCCUGUGCCACACUCCACCACCAAUGAACAUAUUCUGUACCUGUUGGAGGACGUUCAGACUGAGCCCGUCACCUGUGGAGUCGUUACUGAGGCUACUUCAGUGCCGAGCCACGAACCCUUUGAGCCUGGACAAUCCCUGACUUCUCUGCUGCGGAGAAAACGCAGUUUAUCACAAACCAGUUAUGUGGAACUGGUGCUGGUAGUGGAUAAUCUCAGGGUGAGUGUGUUUCCAGUGUAUUACCCUGAAUCCACCAAUGUGUAA